CCGAACUUGUGGAAUCGGUGCGACGAUGGAGACGACGACGACGCCGUGGACGCACCUGCUGAGUCGGCUGGACGAUCCCCACCGAUGGAAACCGCAUUCUGACAUGAAUGCAGUCGUCAUGGGAUGCCGUUUUUCAGUGGUGAAGAAACCCCCUCGGUUUGGCUUUGUGUGUUGGUGGAGGAGGGCUCCACAUGCAACCCUGUUUGUCGACUUGGACGCUGGUACCAUCUGCGUGUCCGCUGACUCGACAGGUGAAAGCGACACGAUGGACGUUAUGGAUGUGCACGUCGAGCCAAAAGGGGUGCGGCAGAUCGUGCUCUUCCACCAUGCUGUGUUUCCGAACACGACCGUGACAACGUUUGACAUGGAAACCCCAGCGUACGCGAUCGAGUUUAUUGCCAUGGUGAACCUCAUUCACCACAUGAAACACAUCCAAGCGCAAAAGCCAAAACUCUUGGAAGCGCAUCACGACAGCGUGCUCAUGGCCCAAAUGCAGAACACCAUCGAGUACGCCACGGCGAUGUGGACGAUGGCGCUGUGGAAGGACCUGUUUCCGUACAGUCGUCUCAAGGAAAACCUAGUCGACGCGCUUGCUUCGCUUCGCACCGACAUCCAGCAAGCACUCCAUCUCCUGGACGCAACGUAUCAUCAGUUCUACGCCUACGCAAGCGUCACCGAAGUUGAGGGGGAUGCCUCGAGUCAGCGGCAUUUUCGAGCGUCGUAUGUAGGUCUGCUGGUUGCCAAGGUCAGGGCGCUGUAUGCCCAUCUCGCCCAGUACUGCGCGCCUCCCGUAUCGAGCAAGUCACAAUCCGCGCCAUGAAAGGACUUCCAAUAUUUCCAAAUCCUAUUUAUCUUGAAACAUAUUUUCUCGAAACUGCAAUAUUUUAUUCUCACCUAGUGUCUCUUGUCCUUGAACGACAUUGAUUGGGCAGCAAG